AUGGGUUCUCAAUUGAGGGAAGAUAGCCAGGCUACAGGCGAUUCUCGAGGAAACCGCAGUCGUAUCGGAUCCUUGGAUGUCGAAUUGAGUAUGGCAGUGAAGAUACGCGGCAAGGAGAAUUUGCGAGGACCGCAAGGUUCAGUUGCACGAGUUGCGAACAAACUUGCUGAUGAUCAAAGUGAUGCUUUGCGUCGACAUGAAUUGGUUCACAAGAAAGCAAAACGAAGUCUGCUGGGAAGAGGAGCUAGAGCUUGUUCGGCUUGUGCAAUGGCGAGAAGAAGAUGCAGUGGUGGAAAUCCAUGCGAAGCAUGCGCGAAAAGGUCAAUUGAGUGUACUUUUCCCUCGUCGUCUGGUGCUAUGGCCAACGAAAAACGUCGAGAAUCCAAUGGGCUAUACGAGAAAGUUUCAAAUGAAAGGAUUUGGGUUGAAAAUGGUCGAACUGGGGAAGGAAUCACGAGUCCGCAAUCUCCAAUUUCGUGGUCACAUGUUGAUUCGCCGCUCAAUACGCAAAUGAACCCGAGAUCUUCGAUUAGUCAUUACCGUUCAGAGUUUGGCUUGGAGAAUCUGGAUGUUACUGGUCAACAGAUGAAUAUCCAAAUUAUGAAUUCUGGGGUUCACCAACCAUUCAGCCAAUUUUCUCCAUCAAACCAACCAACAGAAAAUCAAAUGUCCGAAGAUGCUCGCGUAAGCUUGGCCACAUCUCCUAACCAUCAAUCAACUUCACCUUCAAUGCUACCCCUUCAUUCAAUCAUGGAUCUUGAUGAAGCCGCCAACUCGUUGUUGAUUGGAACGAGCCAGGCUUCACAUCAGCUACAUAUUCAGGAUACAGGUCUUGCUGAAGGUUUGCCAGAAAGUGCUGGUUCUUGGGCUCAAUAUAAUGUAUCCUCCAUCAACUGGCUACCUUACGAUUGGGCUCCGGACUAUCAACUAGAUGAUGACGCAGUGAGAAUGAUUGAUGACAGGGCAGAUCUGAAUGGCUCAUCACCUAUUACCGUCCCAGGAGAAUCUAUCCGAAGACCUGCGUAUUCAACCAAUACAGCCAUUUUUACACCGCCCCCACAAACUCAAGCGCAACUACAUACAAAUGAUUCUCCUAAUCCAACAAUAUCUAGUGAAGGUGCUCCAACAAGUCCUUAUUCUCUGACUACGCAAAGCACUGGUAGAUACUAUGUUGAUGGGCAUGGUUCGAGAUUACCUCGUAUUCGAAAAGCUCCAUCCGAGACCGCCAACUCAUGUCCAUCAAUAUCACACCCCUCGGUUGACAAUUUGAACGGAAGAUUUGCUUUUCCAGUUGAUGAUACCAAUGACCAUUCCUCGGAUUAUAGACAGUUACCACACGAAAUCUACAGCAUUAUUCAGGAUGUAUUCGAAAAAACAUGCAUCGAGAACUCGCCAUAUUUUACACCAUUCCAAUACACACGAUUCCCAUCUUUGUACACACUGAGCCGCUUUAUAGCUCACUAUAUUGACUCUUUCCAUCAAAUAUUACCAUUUAUUCACCUGCCAUCUUUCAAUAUUUCAGCUUCUCACUGGCUUUUUCUUUUAGCUAUGGCGGCUGUAGGAAGUCAUUACCAUAGUAAUGGAAACCACGCAAAACCCAUGCAUGAAUUUCUUCGACGUGCAAUCAUGUCAGUCAGCAAUGAUGGGGAUUCGAGAUGUACGAAGAUAAUGAUGAUACAAAUUAAACUUCUAAACUGCGUAGGUAUGAUGUAUUGCGGUAGUGAUGAGUUGUCACACGCAGCGAAAUCAUAUCAUAGAGAUCUUAACGAUUUCUGUUGUAAUGAAUGGAAAACUUCGAAUCAAAUACCGAGAAUUGCAGUGUCGCAGACAAGUCCAAAUGAUACGGAACAGGCUAAUAGAGAAUGGAAAGAAUGGUAUGAUGCUGAAAGUAUUCGAAGGACAGGUUAUUGUAUUUGGCUCCUAGAUAGCAUGUGGUACUUCCACUUUCAAAUUCGCCCCAGCUUAUCGCUAGACGAUAAUUCGGUAUUUUUACCGUGCCAGGAAGUUUUAUGGGAAGCAGAAUCAGCAAUUGAAUGGCAACAACUUCUCAGCUGUUCUUCAUCAAGCUCUACCCUCCACAACGCCCUCCAGCGCAUGUACACCGAAAAACGACUGCUAUCCUCCACAGGUGAAUUUUCUCGUAUCCUUCUGAUCCAUGGUCUUUUCCGACGCACCUGGGAAGUUUCAAACUACCUAUCACAACCCCUUACCCAAUGGACUCCUACAGCCUCAAAACUAUCCUUCCCGCACACCACCUCGAAUCAUCCCAUCUGGCUACCAGGCAUCCAAACAUAUACAAAUUGGCGCAAUUCCGCCUGCGAUUGUUUGGAUAUAUUACACUGGCAUGCAAAUAGUGUCAUUGGAGCUGCAAGCGGCAUGGAACACCCCACCGUUCUGCACCUACACUUAGCGAGGGUGGUGCUCCUCACGCCCUUUCUACACAUUGUGAAACUUGCAGAGUAUCUCGCCUCUGCACACACCACUCGAGACCCGAACCUGGGAGAUGCAGAUCGAGAGAUGGGAAAAGAAAGAGAGAUACUUCAAGCACGCGAUUAUGUAAAGAGAUGGGCAACGGAAGAUCAGCAUAAAGCACGUUUGGCAAUUAUUCACGCAGGCGCGCUUUUUUGGCAUGUGCGAAGAUUUAGUAUCGAUGCGUUUUAUGAGGCUGAGGCAGUUUAUCUCGCGACGUUGGCGCUUUGGGCUUAUGGCCUAUUUGCGGAGUGUAAGGGGGGUGUUUAUCAUAGAGAGAGGGAUGGGGAGAGAUAUAGUAGUGCGAGAGAUGCAUCCGAGAACGGAGACGAGGGAAUAUCAAAGGAGAGAGAAAGAGAGGAAGACUCGGAAGAAGAAGAACAAUUCUAUCAUCCCUAUCCCAGCACGAUGCAACUCGAUCGACCGGCAGAUGACGAGCUCGUCCAGCUUUUUGUGAAGAGGGGGCAGGGGAUGCGAGCGCUGGUUAUGGGGGUGGGAAAUUUGUGUGCGAGGGAUGGGAAGGGGGCGAGGAGGAUGUUGGGGGAGGGGAGGAAAGUUUUGGAUGGGCUGGGAGCGGAGAGGUGGGGGGUUGCUGGGAGGUUGGGGGAGAGAUUGAGGAGGAUGAAGGGGGGAGGGGGGGGGUGGAAUGGGAUGGGAGAGAUUUAUGAGGGACAUUGCUGA